AUACUAUGCCAUCAUGGCGGCCAUGGGUAUGUACUUAAAAAGAAAAGCAGUUUUGUGUGGACCAUUUCUGACAUAAAAAGGAUGUAGUUUUACAAGAUUUCGGGACAUAAACAAGUCUAGUACUUACAAUUUAUUAAUUUUCUUAAUGCAUUGAUAUUAUUUAUUUAAUUUAUAAGCUAUAUAGUCAAAGGCUGGGUAUGUUUUCUUCCGAAGAUUAAUAAAUAAAAUUUAAAAAUGUAAUAAUUGAGAUGAUAAUAAUGAUAAUGCGACUACAAGUAGUAGUAGUUAGGCCUAAUUGAUGAUUCACUUUGAUUGUAAUGUAAAAAAAUUAAAGGCACAUUUUAAUAACAUAUAUUUUGGAAAUAAAAAAGGCCUAUUAUUGAAUAAUUCAUUUAAUUACCAACAUUAGAAUUAGAAUAUACCAAUGAAUGAAUAAUUUAUGUGAGUGUUAAGUGUUAACUCUUAAAGUUCUAAGCACAAUUACUUGAACAUAUAUUUAUUAUAAUUUAAAUGCAUUAUGCAGGCUACUUGAUGUACAUGACAUUCCUAAUUUCUACAUGUAAUAUACACUCUUACAUAAUAAUAAUACUAAUACACCAUCAUCUCUAACACAGUGGAGAUGGUUUAGCCACUAAUCACUUUAGCAAAGAGUUAUUUAGAUCAUAUUAUAUUAUAUAGAUUAUAAAGAUAUCUAACAAUGUGAUAUAAAAAAAUCAAGCAAUUCAAAGCUAUUAUUAGUUAUUUUCUUUCAACUGACCUGAGCCUCCAAACGAAAUUCUUUACUUUCAAUUUCAUAUUCAUAUUGAUAUUUAUCAAAGCUAAGUUUAUUUAUAGCGGUUAAGUAUAGUAUAGUGUAUAUUUUUUCGAUUACAUUUACAUGUUAAAUGCUAAUUAGCUGAAUUCUUAUCUACUUUUGAUUGUUUAUGGAUCUAUUUUAAUUCUGUUGUUUCACUUUUAUCAUUUUACAGUUACUUAAUAACCAACAGGAAAAUGUAAAAAUUCAUCAAUGUCAGCAAGGACACAACAAUCAAGCAAACUAACAAAAUGACAGACCUCAAGUCACAAUCUAAAGUGGGGGGUGGAGAGAAGAAUUUAGUGGUAAGUUUUUAAAAAACACAUAUAUAUAUAUAUAUAUAUAUACACACAAACACACAUAUAAUAUAAAUAAACACACAUAUAAUAUAAAUAUUUAUAUUAUAUAUCAGGAUGACAUGUUUUAUAAAAUCAUAGACCCUCAAACAAAAAGUCAAUUAAAAAAAUUCAAUUUCACAGUGAUGCACAUUUUUGAAAAGUAGAUAUCAUGUCAACAAGUUUAAAUCCCAAUUUACUCAACUUAAUUUUAUACAAUUGAAAAUAAUAUUGAUACCAGUAUUGAUUUCAUAGUGUUAAAAACUGUAUAACAUAUUGUUUUCCAAUCUUAUUGAUUUUAAAAUGCUUUCUGUUGCAAGACAUGACAUAAAACCCUACAACAUGUUUUAUUUACUUCUGAUUUUCUGAUAAUAUCGAAGCUAUCUUUAUGAAUUUAUAAUGUUUCAUAUAUUCUAUUACAAGCCCAUACCUAUGAUGUAACCUUUUUAUCAAUAAAAAGCUUUUAAUUCUAAAUGUGAUUUAAAAAAAAAAAAACAAUUAUUUUAUUAAUUACAUUCUAAAUAAUUUCUUUUAGGUGGCAUUGAGGAUUCGGCCUAUGGCAGAGGAUGAGAUUAUACAAGGAGCUAAUCCUGCAGCCUACAAGGUGGAAAAUAAUGUAAGGAUUAAUUCAAUAAGCAAUCUAAACAACUCAAUAGCAUGAAAAUAAUACAGUAUAAAAGUGAAUGUUUUUUGCUAAAAUGUAAAAAGAAAAAAAAAAGGGAUAUUUAAGUUUACAUCUUCUAUAACAUUUUAAAAUUUGUUUUAAAUUUAAACUUAGAUAUAUGGAUAAACCCAGAACUGUUACAAAUAGCGAUCUGAACAGGAUGAAAUUCAGAGAAUGUUGAUUUAUUUGACAGAUGGUUGUGUUGCUAGACCCAGCGGAUGAUCCAGAUGACGUACUUAGGGCUAACAGAUCAAGAGAAAAACAGUAUGUUUUUGACUGUAUAUUUGAUGGCAGCUGCAGCCAGGUGAGCAUUUAUUUAACAAAUUUACACAUAUUAACAAUAUAAUGUAUAAUGGAAGAAAUUCACUAAAAAGAUCCUCUUUUCUUCCACAUUCAAGAUCAGCCAAAUAUGAAUUCAUUAGCAAAUUAUUUGAAAUGAAAAUGAAUUCAAAAUUUCAGUAAUUAAAUGAUUUAAAAUUUAUUAAGGUCAAAUUAUAUGGACGAUAUAGGUCUUUGCGGAAAAAAAAAUUAUUAUAAAGAAACAUAAUUUAAAUAAUGUUACUUAUAAUAUGUUACAUGUGGACAAAACAAUGCAAUCUCAUUUUUCAGAAAGAUGGUGAGGGUAGAUUCUAACUUAACUUUCUAUACUUUCCAGAAAGAUGUUUAUGAAGAAACAACAAAAUUUUUGAUUCCAAAUGUCACAAGUGGAUACAAUGCAACUGUGUUUGCUUAUGGUCCAACAGGUUAGAAACUCAUGAGAGGGGAUGGAUUAUGUUUUUAAAAAUUUUGUCUUAUAAGUAAACCUAUAAAAAUAUACAUCAAGUAGAUCAAUCUCUUGAUUCACAAUAAGUUAGAAACCUAAACGAAUUGUUAAAUGAGGAGCCAUGUGUGUCCUCUACACUAGAAUUUAAGAUAAAUUUAAAUGCUUUAACUAAUUAUAUUUGAAUUUUUCAAGGUGCUGGCAAAACCUACACAAUGUUAGGCAAAGAUGGGGAGCCAGGAAUUAUGGUUCAAGCUCUGAAUGAUUUGUUUCUUGAAAUGAGACAAAAUACAGACAAGGCAUUUAAAGUGACCAUGUCUUACUUAGAGGUGACAGAGAAAAAUGCAUUUAUCAAUAAAUUCUACAUUAUUCCUGUUUUAUUGUCAGCUCUCAGUAAAUUUCUCUCUAAUUAAUUUCUCUUCUUAUUAAUAUAUUUAUUAUUAAACAUUUUAAUAUAUGUCUUUGAUUUUAAAAUGUUACCAUAAGGUAGACAUUUUUGUAUCUUCAGACCAUCAAUCUUUUUGCCUAGUUGGCAUAACUAUUUACCAAGUAUAAAAUAAUGAGUGAUCUUAUUAAUAUAGCUUAUACUAGAAAAUGCUAUUAAGAAAUUUAUGUUUUAAUAAAAUCUGUUUCAGAUCUACAACGAAAUGAUUCGUGACCUCCUAAAUCCAGAUUCUGGUUUUCUCGAACUGCGUGAAGAUGCCAAGGGAAAUGUUCAAGUAGCUGGGAUAUCUGAGGUUACAGCAAGGUCAACUGAAGAGGUGAUAAAGUUCAAUUAAAUAAAUAAUCAGAUUUCAUGUAACAAAUAAUAAACAUUCUUUGUACGUAUCAUUAUAUGGUUUUCCAAAAUGAAUCUGUUUUAAGAUUUGGCUCAUUUGUUGAACAAUAAGUAGCAAAGGGCUGACAACCAAUACACAAAGAAAAAUGAUAUCAAAGCUAGUGAUAUUUACAAUAGUCAAUUUAAUUACACCAUUAAAUUUACAUCAAAAAUACAAAAUCAAACAUACAGAAAUAAAAAUAAUAUUAACUUACAGCAAGUGAAAAAAGUAUAAUCUUAAACAAAUACAAAUAUUAAAAUACACACAUACAUGUAGAGUACAAUCUUUUAAGGCCCCUAAAAGUAUACAGCAUCUUGUAAAUGUCUAGAAAAUAUAGCUAAAAUCUCUCCCUGCUGGGAAAGCUGCUGACUUAUUUAUAAGGAGGGAGCUGGAACCCACAAGAAAAGAUAUUCUAGAAAUUGCAUCACACUAUAGCAUUCUUAAGAACAAAUUACAACAUAAAAAAACCAUUUUCUAAUCGAGGGAGGGGAGAGUGUUGUAGAGCGUUACACAUUUAAUAGGUGAUGUCAAUAUCAAAACAAAAAAAGAGGGGGGGGGAGAAACAAGAGAGGGAAAAGGGGGUGCGGGGAGAAACAAGAGAGGGAAAAAAAAAACCAUUUUCUAAUCGAGGGAGGGGAGAGUGUUGUAGAGCGUUACACAUUUAAUAGGUGAUGUCAAUAUCAAAACAAAAAAAGAGGAGGGGGGGGGUAAGGUUGAAUUUCAUGGUUUGUUGUGAACAAAAAUGAGGUCAACACAAAUGAUCUUAAUGAAAGACAAGAGAUUAUGCUCUGGUGCUAUCCUGAUUUCCCUGACUUAUAUCCCUCAUAUUUUGGUAUAUUAACAAUUAAAGCAAAAAAUGCCAGCAAAACAAGUGAUAUAGCAACCAUAAUUUAUCUAAAAACACUUUCAGGUUAUGGCAAUGCUUGUUAAAGGCAACUUGGAGCGUACACAAGAGCCAACAGCUGCUAAUGCCACUUCUUCAAGGUCACACGCCAUCUUGCAAGUGACAGUCAGGCAGAGGAAUAAAGUACGCAACGUCAUGCAAGAGGUCCGCACAGGCCGUCUCUUCUUAGUUGACCUGGCUGGGUCAGAGAGAGCUGCAAACACCCACAACAGAGGCAAGAGGAUGGUCGAAGGGGCCCACAUCAAUCGUUCACUGCUGGCACUUGGCAACUGUAUCAAUGCACUGAGUGAGUCAUUUCACUGAUCUUUCCGGAUAAAACCAAUUGCAUAAUAAUUUUUGUAGUGUUUCCUCAAGUUUUUCAAUAAGCAAGUUCAGGUUAAGAAAUAAAACAAUGAAUGAUGGCUGUUUUGACAUUUGUUAUGUGGAUAUUUAUUGAAACAUACUAAAGAUUUGAAUUCUUGAUUAAUUUUUCUUUUAGUUAAAUAUGAUUUCUUUUUGUUCAUUUAUUUCUAUCGGAGGCUCUAACCCAAUUUAUUAGUAACUAAACAUCCAUGUAACAAAACCUAAUACUAGAAUAAUCACUCCUCUAAUAUGCAAUAUUAUUUGAAUAAAAAAUUACCAACAAUUCAGCAGUGUUUAGGGCAAAAAAAUCUGUAUCUAAAGUUUAACAUUGUUUUUAAAUUUAAAAAAAAAAAAAAAAAAAAAAUAACUUAGAUGUAGUUUAUUAUUACCUUAUACUGUUUUGAAUCAAUAAUAUGAGAGCUACUAUUUUUAUAGGUGACAAAAAUGGUCCCAAGUAUAUAAACUACAGAGAUAGUAAGCUGACUCGUUUACUGAAAGAUGCUCUGGGUGGAAAUUGUAGAACUGUCAUGAUUGCACAUAUUAGUCCUGCUAGUACACAAUUUGAGGAGUCUCGUAACACACUUGUUUAUGCUGACAGGGCAAAGCACAUCAAAACAAAGGUAACCUAUUGUCAUCUACCCAAUCUAAAUGGUAGAUUAUAUUUAAAAGCAGACCUCUUCAAUUUAGAUUAUUUUGCUAUAUUUGGUCAAAGUUUAAAAAGCUGAUACCACACAUCAGGCCCAUGGGAAGGGGGCCCUUACCCAUGGGUUCCAAUGCCAGAGGGUGCCAAAAUCAACAUAAGAUAUGAACUUAACAGUUAAUUAAACGAUAAAAAUCCCAUGUGCUCCACAAAGACGGGGGGCAAAAAAGGCCCUUGUACUAUUGCCUUAUGUUAUAUAUUGAUGGGAGCCUUUUUCAGACUUUACCCCAGGUGCUGCUUUUCCUCAACACGGCUAUUCUACACACAAAAGUUUACUAGCUCUGAUGAGGUAUUGUAAUUGCUGUGUAAACAAACCGAGGGAAGUUUUUAGAAGAAAAUAAGCAAAAUGUAUUUUGUGAUCCAACUCAUAAAAAAAAAUUUGACUUGUCUUUGAACAUUCAAAUUAAAAUAAACACCAUCAUGCAACAAAGAUGAGAAAACAUCUUAACAUCGGUACAUCAAAUUUUAGCUAUGGGAUUGGGAGACAGAAAGUCUGAAAGUGAAUGAAGAAAAUUUUUAAAACUAUUCCAAAGCAGCCAAGUGCAGUGCUAGCAAAGUGUGGACCAAUCCAUUUGACAUUGCUCCAAGACAAAGCUCAUGAUUACUUUACACAAGCUAAAAUUCAAGACUAUGAUUGGAUGAGGAAUCCAAUUCUUUCAUCUGUGACGAACUUUGAACUUACUGAAGAAGAAGAAUUAGGUGACAUAACAAACGAGUGGAAUCUAUUAAAUGAUGUAUGAAGAAACUGGUUUAGCUUUAGGUUCAAAAUUGCAUCCAAAAUAUAAAUGAUAGGUAUUCAUUCAGGUUUUGUCAUCAUACAUUAUUACAUCUUAUGGCCUAUAACUUAAAAUAGGUCAGUUGAACCCCUGAUAUACUGGUCAAACUGACUCACUGUGUGGUGAAAUGAUGUGCGUCUACAGAAUGUGUUGCCAACAUGGAUAUUCUGGAAAGCAGUGAUUUAAUCUUUCAAAAUUGUUCUGUGAAGUUUGCUUUGCUUAAACUUGUUGACAAGUGAUGAAUUAAAAGAAUUGAAAUAAAUAAAAUAAUGAAAUCAUAUAACUCCCUGACUUCUUCCAUUAAAGGUUCGGAGAAAUGUCACAGACGUGGCCUACCACAUAGCGCAGUACUCAAAUAUCAUCUCAGAACUGAGAGAUGAGAUCAUGCGCCUCAGGACAAAACUGACUGAGCAGACACAGCAAAAACAUUCAGUUGCUAACAUCCAAGCUGUGCAGUGUAAGUCUCCCAAAGUUUUGUCAAGCAUAAAAAUAGAAUCAAUUAUUUAUCUGUUUCUUUUAGAAAACUCAUUUAAAGGGAUGCAAAGCUCAUGUUCAUAGCGUAAUUAAGUCCCCUGACAUAUGAUCUUGUUACACAAAACAUACAAUAAGAAUUCAUCAUGAAACAAGGAAUACAUUAAAUAUAAAUGAAUUCAAAAAAAUGAAUACCGACCUUCACACUUAAUGAAUUGUUUGCAUUCUGCUAUCAAUUGUAAAGUAAUAUUAUUUAAAGAGCAGUUUUUAAAAAGUCAUUAUUUAACUUACAAGGAAUUUAUGACCAAUACAAAGAAAAUUUUUUUGAGGUAUUUCAUCUUGUAUACAUCUGUGUACAGCUGAGGUUGUAGAGUCCCAGAGAAAGUCAGAUAAGUCUGAGUUGACUCACUUCAAGGAGCAGCUGCUGACCAGUUUUAAAGAUCAGAUGGAACUUAGGUUGGUAAAUAGAGCUUAGGUUGUCUAGAUGGAACUUAGGUUGGUAAAUAGAGCUUAGGUUGUCUAAAUGGAACUCUGUAUGGAGCUAAAAUAACACGCUGUCUUUUCAAAGUCUACAAGGCAGAUAUAUUUAACAAAGAAAAUCUUAUGGAACAAAUAAUCCAUUGCGAAUAAAAAUUAAAUAGGAUUAUAAGUUAUAUUAAACAUUACGAUAAACUGUUCCUUGUUUGCAGUGUUUUAAAAUGCAUUUUAUUUAAAAUAUUUAAACUAGGCGAACACGCAUGGAGCUGAACAAUGCAUCAAUGGAGAUAAGUCUUGAAACAAACAGAAACCAAUUGGUUAUCAGUGAGUGAGUACAUCUGGUCAUAUAUAAAUAAUAUUUUUAAAAAAAAUCUAUAUUUAUUAUUAAAGUUUUUAUGGAAUUUUUGUUUAAAUACUACCGUUAAAGAAUUACUUUAUAUACUACCAUUAAAGAAGAACUUUAAAUACUACCAUUAAAGAAGAACUUUAAAUACUACCAUUAAAGAAGAACUUUAAAUACUACAAUUAAAGAAGAACUUUAAAUGCAACUGUUAAAGAAGAACUUUAAAUGCCCCCGUUAAAGAAGAACUUUAAAUACUACCGUUAAAGAAGAAAUUUAAAUACUACCAAUUAAGAAGAACUUUAAAUACUACCAUUAAAGAAGAACUUUAAAUGCUACCAUUAAAGAAGAACUUUAAAUACUACCGUUAAAGAAGAAAUUUAAAUACUACCAAUUAAGAAGAACUUUAAAUACUACCAUUAAAGAAGAACUUUAAAUGCUACCAUUAAAGAAGAACUUUAAAUACUACCAUUUAAGAAGAACUUUAAAUACUACCAUUAAAGAAGAACUUUAAACGCUAACGUUAAAGAAGAACUUUAAAUACUAUCGUUAAAGAAGAAAUUUAAAUACUACCAUUAAAGAAGAUUUUUAAAUACUACCAUUAAAGAAGAACUUUAAAUACUACCAUUAAAGAAGAACUUUAUUAAAAAAAAAAUUUAUUUUACAAAAAAAUAGAUACCAGGUGGAGCGAGCCCGUCAGCUUAGAAACAGAGAAAUCACAAACCUUACAGAUAACAAGUUCUUAGGUAGGUCAGUUUGUGAUAAUAUUAACUAUAAAAACAUUGUCAGCUGAUCCAGUGCCAGGUAUACUGACAUUCUGUCAACUAAAUUACUGGCAGGUAAACCAGCACAAUCAGUUAUAAAACACUGUCAGUUAUAAAAUACUGUUAGUUAUAAAACACUGUCAGUUAUAAAACACUGUCAGUUGUCACACUUGGCAUAGAAAUCCUAUUCUGAAUACAUUUUCUUCUGCCAAUACAUUGGCAUCAUUUCACAUCUAAGACAUCAGGGCUUUGAACAUCACACAACAAUGGCACCAUUGAAGAUGAUAUGACCGGCUGCUCAGUUUGAUGUUUAAGUUAUGGUCAUACAAUUUUAUUGUUAAAUAAGCAUCUGAAACUCAUCUCUAACUUGCAGAAUUUUAAUAUUUUUCUUACUAGAAGAAGAUAAAGAAAACGAAUUACCAAUGGGUGAUCCUGGAGUUGAACCAGUUGAAGUUCAGGUAGCCAGAGAUGAACUAAAAGUCUUGCAUGAAGAGAAACACAAGACAGAGAGAGUCAAAGCAACCAUUCAAAGAGAACUAGAGGCUGCCAGGCUCAAAACACAAAAAUUAGAAGAGGUUUGUACACCAUAGAUUUCAAUACAUAAUUAGACAUGUAUAUAACUACCGUAUUUUCGUGAAUAUUAGACGCACCUGAAUAUAAGAUGCACCCAUAUAUACGACACAGGUUUUUUCCUUUUCUUUAUCAUAAAUGAAAUUUGUCCAAUGUUUCAUCACCCUUCGGAUGUAAACAAGGCUUCAUUACCAUUUUCAGUUUACCGGUAGAUCAAAGAAUUGUAUGAGGCAGGACCACAAUGAUUAUUGUUUAUUCGUAUUUCUAGAAACAAUAAACGCAAAAACUAUUUAAACAAACUAUAUUAUAUAAACUUAAAACAUUUACUCUGCCUAAACUUAGAUCUGCAAUAAUUACCGUAUACAAAAAUUUGAAACGAAAGGAUUUUAAAUUUGAAGUGGCCUGCAUUGGAUUGGUACACAUGGUAAUUACUGAACACUUACCCAAUUGUUUUUACACCUAGGAAUGAAAAUCUUGAAACAUGAAUAUCAACCGCAUUAAUCGUCCUUCAGUAUGGGGCAUCUUCCAUAUUAAAGGAGAAAGGGUCAGCAAAAAGCUGAAAAGUGGCUGUGUGUAUUUUGAAGUCUAAAAAAUGCGAUCAAAUUUUUCCUAUAGCUUUGCAAUGGAAUCAGUAUAGUUACUACUAAGUUACCAGUGAACAAAUUUCAAAAUAUCUAAAUAUUUCAGUUUCGGCUGAAAGUCUUGUUAAGCUUUUGGUUUCGUCUUGGGUUUGGCCAAAAGUCAUUUUUAACUUUCGGCCUAGUUUCGGUUUCAGCUGAAAUCAGAAAAUCACUUUUGGUCUGUCUCUACAGAGAAUUAAGUAACAUGAAGAAUUUUAAGAACUUCAAAUAAAAUUUUACUAAAUGAAAAGUUUUUGCAUGACCAAAAUGAAUGUUUCCAAUCUUGGAACAUACGGUAAUUUGUUCCUAAUUUGAACCCUUAUUAUAAUUUCCAAAUCAUUGGCCGUAUCAUAUUUUGCCAUACAAAUUAUAUGCAAUUUAUUUUUGUUCAUCCAUUACUUACUGACUUUGAGCCAAUACUUGCUGACUUUGAGUCAGUGCUUGUUGACUUUGAUCCAGUAUUUGCUGACUUUGAGCUGGUACUUGCUGACUUUGAGCCAAUAAUUUCUGACUUUAAGCAUUUACUUGUUGACUUUGAGCCAAUACUUGCUGACUUUGAGCUGGUACUUACUGACAUCAGUUCAUUCUCAUCCUUUGAUAAGGUCAGGAUCACAAAUACAUCGUAUAUAGGCUGCUUUGAGCCAAUACUUGCUGACUUUGAGCCAAUGCUAGCUGACUUUGAGCCAACACUUGCUGACUUUGAGCCAAUACUUGCUGAUUUUGAGAUAUCGUCCUGUGUUUAGAUAUUUUAUACUUGUCUCAAUGUCAGAGAUUAUAUAUUUUGAUAUUGGACCACAGAUGAUUCCUGUAAGGAUUAGCAGUGCUGACCAGCAAGAGAUCCUCAAACUGUUGUGUCGUGUGCACCAGCUGGAGAUAGAAUCCCUUGAAGGUCAGUCAGCUGGACUGCUCAGAGACUUCCAGAUUCGCCACAAAGACAUGGUCAUUACCAAGCUUCACCACUACAGAAACUUAUCUGAUGAUAUCAUCAAGCGUCAGAAACGAAUUAUAGAAGGUUAGUCGUUGAUUUUUUUAGAAUUUUGCUUUGAUUCAGUGGAACUAGAAAUCAGAAAGACUUGCUGGCCCAAAAAUUCAAUGUUCAAACUAUAAACAGAUAUCAAAUUUACUGGCAUUUUAGAACAAAAUCUACAUUAAACAUGUGGUACAACUUCCCCAGAGCACAAGUUGUCAUGUCCCCCUGAGCUGGCACAGCUGUAUGAGCUGUACACAGAAGAGCAAAAUCACCGCCUUCUCAAGGGAGAUGACAUCAGUUCAUUCUCAUCCAUUGAUAAGGUCAGGGUCACAAAUACAUUGUAUAUAGGCUGCCCUUAUACCUCCUUGCCCCAACAUUUUUCUUACUAAUAAAAAAAAUUAUGAUACAAUUUUGUUUUAAACAGCCUACACUGUUAAACAAACCUCGAAUCCGUUGGCUAUUAGGUUUGUUCAUUUGUUUACUUAAUUUUUACAUUAUUCUGUUUUUCAACAGGUCGCCUCUCUGAGCAAUCUCAAUCUGCCAUCCACACCUAAGAUGGGAGAGUAUGUUCUUUCUUUAUACUAGAUAUAUGCUCUUUCUUCUACAUUUAAUUAGAUUCACAGGGUAAUUGGCGCAGCAAAAAAAAAAAAUUAAGAUUGCUUUAAUACAAAAUACUCUACAACUAUUUUUGUAUUGUCUAAUAACAUGAAACUAAACAAAUCUUAAGUUUGUAAAUUCUGCUGUUAAUAAUGUCAGAUGUAAGUACCAUGUCAAUUCUGGUGUUGAUAAUGUCAGAUGUAAGUGCCAUAUCAAUUCUGCUGUUAAUAAUGUCAGAUGUAAGUGCCAUGUCAAUUCUGCUGUUAAUAAUGUCAGAUGUAAGUGCCAUGUCAAUUCUACUGUUAAUAAUGUCAGAUGUAAAUACCUUGUCAAUUCUGCUGUUAAUAAUGUCAGAUGUAAAUACCUUGUCAAUUCUGCUGUUAAUAAUGUCAGAUGUAAAUACCUUGUCAAUUCUGCUGUUAAUAAUGUCAGAUGUAAGUGCCAUGUCAAUUCUGCUGUUAAUAAUGUCAGAUGUAAGAUGUGUGGUUAUAUCAUUUAAAAAAAAAUAAUUUCAUCCAUUUCUAGUGAUGUAGAUGAUGACAGCAGCAAGGUUUUCACGCAGAGUGCUAAAACCAAAUCCUUUCAACAAACAGAGAAGCCUCUCUAUCAAACGGAUCUUGAACUUGUUGAGCAUAUCCCCACCCCAAUAGCUCCUUCACGCAUCUCAUACGAAGAUCGCAAUGUGAUCAAUGCCAACACACGUAGCAUUGCCGCCCUUGCUGCCAAGAAAAGAAACCAAGCCAGCAUCGCCAGCGGGGCAACUGACAAGUUCGGGGCGAGGCCUCUGUACCGGCCGAAAGCCGAGCUUGAUGACGAUGAUUUCGAUGAUUUUGGGACCAAAUUGACACCGAGUCGUUUGGCCUUGCACAAUCGCAGUAUGGGGGAAGGAGUCUAUUCCAUGGGGGUAGGAGAUGAAGCGCUGGAGAGAAUUAGCAGCAUCACAGAUCCAAACUUACCGCCUGUUCGAGUUAUUGGACACAUUGGUAGCAAACGGAUACAGGAGCAGGAAGAAGCUCGUAGGCGAGCCGUUCGUUACAGUGGAAAUAAUAAUAAUAACUACAGUUAUCUUGAAGUAAGUGAACUUUUAAAAUAAAUUUUGUGUUGUUGGUUUAAGCACAUUUUAUGUAACUUUUUGCAGAUUUUCAGAGGCAAAUAUUGCUGAUUGUUUUUUGUCUUCAUCAAGUAAAGAAAUAUUAAUUAAGUUGCCCAGUGCAGAUCCCAAAGACCCCAUAAAUUGCGCCCAAGACUAGGAAUGGGUUAUAAUCUUUCUCUUGCACUCAUGACACUUAAAAAAACUAAAAUCAUUCCUCAACAACCCUCUGCAAAAAUUUUAAUGAGAUUUUAUCACCUCACUUCUUUCACUCCCUAACUUUACUGGACUUACACAUUAAUUACCUAGCACAAUCUGCAGACUCUGCUGACACCCUUUAUGUAGUCAAAUACCCAUUGAGGAAGAUAUACUAAAUCAUCACCAUGUUAUCAGGGCAAAGAGCAUGCCUAAAUGUCGACUGGACUAUCAUAAGGAUGAUGAAGGAGGUUCGAAUGCAGCCAACCGUUAUCAAACUGGUGAUGAAGGCUACCCACAAUCUUUUUUAAAGGGCCACUGCGCAUCGCCACUAGGUGAAAAGGGGGGCAAGUUUAAUUUUGUAAAUAGUAUCACAUGAAAUUUAUGCAAAGUUUAGAUGUCUUGGAGUGCCUUUCCUCUAAGAAGAUGUGGCAUAUUCUAACUAGGGUGUAGGUCAACUGUCUCAGCAGGUUCUUGAGAAUGUAGCAUCUACAUCCUCUGCCGUCCAGCAGUGACAUUGAAAAUUAGACACCAGCAAACAAUUUUUGUCUUUUCCUUUCAGAAAUCUCGUACUCAAGCUAGAAAAAUAUCAGAACAAAAAAACAGAACCAGGCAAAGAAGGAAAAUUUCAACCAAUAGCAACUUACGCCAUGGAGCAGGAAAACGUUAGUUCAAUUAAAAAAAUUGGAAAUAUUCUUGUAAUAUUGUUUUCUAGCUUCAUGUGUUUUUAGUGUAUUUGUUAUUUUUUGGUCAAUUUCAUUUUUAUUAAUUUAUCUACUUCUAGAGUAUUUACUUCCAUAUUCUUUUUUACCCAUAAUUUCAUCCAGCAUUUGGUGAUGACACAUCCACCUUAAGGUCCAACACACCAAACACAGUCAUGUCAGACAUCUACAGGCACAACAACAGUCAUCCUCAGAAGAACAAACGAUGUAAGUCUGAAUAAUCUUACCUCAUUGAGGCUGCAAAGUUGUUUUUUUAUCAAUGUGAGACAUGUAGGGCUAAAUACUUUAGCACAUUUCAGGAGAAUAGAGAUAUAUUACACUGGGUUCAUGAAAUGUUCAUUAAAUUUUGUAUAUUCUAAUACGGAGAAUACCUGCAGCAUAAUAAUAUAUAUUCAUCUAAUUGUUUAAUUUGAAUUUUAAUGAAAAGGCAUCAAGCUAAUGUAUAGAUAACUAUACUAGUUUUUCUAAUAGUCAGUUAAUCACCUUCAUUUUUCAAGCUCAGUCUUUGUAUUUUUCUUACCCACAGUUUACUCUCAAAGCUCAGCAGUGGUUCCUGUGAACAACCAGUCUGAUAUCUCAAGUGUCAGCACACCACCACAGCAGGAGAGAAAGACAGCCAAAGCCCUUCCCUCAAUCCCACAGUACAGAAAAGGAGAUAUCACUGUGACUGGCACCUCCACAAAUGCAGCAAGAUUCUAAAUCAUCUGGACAUCUUUACUUGUACCUGGCCACACCCAAAUGAUGCUGGUAGUGGAUGGAAAUUUGGUCACAUGACUCAUUGCAACAGUCCUUUUGAAGCAGUGAUUUCAAAAUAUACAGUUUUAAAAUAUGUUUCUGUUGAUCAGGGAGGGAGCAUUCCUCCAGGGAGACCCCAUCCAAAUAAAUAUAAUAUUGAUGUUGUAAAGGUUACAGUAUAAACAUAUACAGCUAGUAGUUAUCUGUCUCAAAGUUAUCAAUCAUGAUAUAUUGUUAAUAUACUCAUGUAAUAUAUCAUCUUGUAAUAUCAGACUGCCAUAUUCUGUUUUUAUACUUAAAAAAAGGUUAUAAUGUCUUUAUUAUAUAUAUAAAUUAUUUUAUAUGUUACCUGCAACCAAUUCUACAGAAAGCUUUAAGUCAUGGUUUUGACACUUUCUAUGAAAUUGCAUCCUACGGCUGCCAACCUAAUCUAUCCACCCCACCAUUACAUUUGAUUACACAUAAUUUAAAUAUAUAUAUUGACUUAUAUAUAAAUAUAUUUGAACUUUGACUGGGUUGAAAACUCAUGGCCAGCCGUCUUAUGGACACAGCUUCAGGUCCAAGAAAGAUUGUGAGCCCCGGUUCUGAAGUAUUAAUGUUAAAAUCUCUCAAAUACUUGUUUUUUUUUUUUCAUUUUUAAAUAAUGUUUCAGGACAACUCAGCUAUUCAUUAAACUUUGUGAUAAAGUAAAAUUUCAGUUAGGCUUUUUUAGUGAUCUGUUACAUUACUAUUCUAAGAUGAUGUUUUAUUGACUGAACCAAAUGUUUCCUGUAUCAUGUCACAUUAAACUUUGGCUCUAAUAAUAUGCGUAAUAAAAUAAUGAGCAUGAAAAAAAAAAAGCAAAGACUCGCAUAAAUAUAUGUUCUUAUGUUGUUUUGAAUUCUCAAAGAUUAUUUUACACAAAUGCAAAUCACAUAAUUUUUAGGCAGCUAGCACACUGUUAUAAAUUAUUUUAGUUACUUUCAAUUUAAAAAAAAAAAAAAAAAGAAAAAAAAGGCAAAUGUUAAAAACUGUAGUGUUGCAUCCUUUAACCAUAGAGAUAAAUUUAUUUCCCUUAAAAAAAAAAAAAUGAAAAAAAAAAAGCAAAGACUCGCAUAAAUAUAUGUUCUUAUGUUGUUUUUAAUUCUCAAAGAUUAUUUUACACAAAUGCAAAUCACAUAAUUUUUAGGCAGCUAGCACACUGUUAUAAAUUAUUUUAGUUACUUUCAAUUUAAAAAAAAAAAAAAAAAAGGAAAGAGAGGCCAAUGGUAAAAACUGUAGUGUUGCAUCCUUUAACCAUAGAGAUAAAUUUAUUUCCCGUAAAAAAAUAAAUAUAAUAAUUGUUAAAAUAAAUUGUUACAGUGAAGUAUCAUUUCGUAAAAAAAUUAGCAAUAUAUCUGUCAGCUUCUGGAAUACAUAUUUAAAAUAGUCUACAGCAGUUGAACAUUUUUUGAAGAAUAAAAUUCUUUAAAAUUCACUGAACAAAAAUAACCUGUUUUAAAAAAAAAAAAUUCUAAACAGAUUCACUAUUGCCAGGAAGAGAUUAGGGAAUAAUGAUUUUAAAGAAAAGAAAUUCAGUGGUUCGUAAACUUUAUGUGGCUUAUGAUCACAUUUUCAUUCUAAUGUUUGAGAUACUCCUAAGCUCCUAGCUAAUGAUAUGAUGACUAUCUUUACAAAUUUUAAUCUCUACCAAUAUUUUUUGACAAACUGUAUAACUACUUUUGACCCAGUAUGAAAACUGCUCAAGUAAUCACCCAGUUUAUUUGGUAUUAAUAAUAACAGUGAUUAAUUUUUUAUUUCAAGAAAUUCUUCCUAAUUAUAUGUUAUUUGUUGGUCUGAUUUUUAACAUGUUUAUCUUGGUAGGUUGAUUAGGUGUUGUGUUUAAUAUGUACCAUGUUAUUUUAAGAGUCAGCUUUUUAAAAUUAAUUUGACAUUGUCAUUUUAUCUAACUCUGGUUUAUUAAUCUAAACUCUGCUUAUUUGAAGUACUGAUAUUGACUUUUGAAAACAAAAAGUAAGCAUCUGAAUAACUAUAGUUUUAAACUUCAAAGUGGCGUUUCACAUUUUUAUAAAAGGAUUUAUAUUAAUAAUUAAUAUUUUAUUUUUAAGUUUUAGACAAGAAAUAGGACAUAUAAGACUGACAUAUAAUUGCAGAUCAAAAUGAUAAUGUAACAUCUCCUUUUUGCUCUAAAGAAACAAAAAAUUUUUUUUUUAGAAUAUAAUAAACAGGUGGAGUCAUCUCUUUGAAGUUUAUUUUGUUUUGAUUGUGACAUUUACAAGCUAUACUGAAGUUCUUCCCCC